UGGUAGCCCAUAAAUGGGAAUAGCCUCAGCUCACCUGAGUCUUUCUUCUCAGUUAGAUUGUCUUUGUUAUUCUUUUGGUACACUGGGGCUGCCUCCCCCCCCCCCUCAGAGCAGGUGCCUGGGUAGCUGGAAGAGGUCCCUCUAGAUCUUCUCUUCAACAGAAUUAAAUGCAUCCUAAGACUCUCUGAAGAUGGAGGCCCAGAAAGAGGGCAAUGGAGAAUCCAGAUUACUGGGGAAGCAAUUAUGCACAACAAACACCCCUAGUGUGGGGAUGAAGCAAGAGAGUGGUGGAGAAGUCAGCUGGCUGGAUGAAGCUUCACACGUAGCCAACCCCCUGACAGUGCAAGUCACACAAGAGAGUGAGGGAGAAGCUGGGUGGGUGGGUCAAGAUACAUAUGCAGUAGACACCGUGAAUGUGGAAAUCGAACAGAAGAGUAAUGAAGAACCUGGCUGGCUGGGUACAGAUCCAAGUGUGGUAGACACCAUGAAUGAUGGAGAAGCUGUGUGCGUGGGUCAAGAUUUAUAUAAAGAUGACACCCUUUGUGUGGAAGUCAAACAAGAGGAUGACAGGGAAGAGCAUUUGCUGGGAGAUGUCAGCCAAGCAUGUGAGAGCGAGAAGAAUAUUGUUCAGAGGGGCAAAGCUGAGACACAUGGUCUUAUUGGGUCAUCUGCAGAUGGAAAAUGGAUGAAUUUCCAGGCAGCUGAGAUGGAAGAGGCAAGUCAGCAGGAACUAGAAAUGUCUGCCCCGUUUGAUCUACUGAGAAGAGAAGUUGGCACCCCUUUAAGUGAAGUCGCCUCCUGUUUGAGAGAAACAUGGGACACAGAAAAUUGUGAAAGCCUGGGGCAGAAUUCUGACCUUCUCGAGAGUGUGCAAAUCCAGAGAGAGACCAAAGUUUCCAUGUGUCCAGACGAUGGGAGAGAUGUUAGUCCCUCUCUUUCAAGACAGAAAGGAUUCCACAAAGGAGAAGGGCCAGAUGAAUACCCAGAUUCUUCCAGUUCCAUUUCCCACCCGUCAGAACCCAAACAAACAAACACAAGACAGAAGCCACAUAAAUGCUCCCAUUGUGAGAAAUCUUUUCGUUGCCAUUCACACCGUUUAGAACACGAACGAACGCAUACAGGAGAGAAGCCAUUUAAAUGCUCCCAUUGUGAGAAAUCUUUUCGUUGCAAUUCACACCGUUUAGAACACGAACGAACGCAUACAGGAGAGAAGCCAUUUAAAUGCUCCCAUUGUGAGAAAUGUUUUAGGCUCAAUGCACACCGUUUGGAACAUGAACGAAUCCAUACAGGAGAGAGACCAUAUGAAUGCUCAUAUUGUGAUAAAUGUUUUAAUUCUAGUUCCCACCUUAUAAGACAUGAACGGAUCCAUACAGGAGAGAAACCAUAUGAAUGCUCAUAUUGUGGUAAAUGUUUUGUUUCCAGUUCAGACUGUAAAAGUCAUGAACAAAUCCAUACAAGAGAGAAGCUACAUACAUGCUCUGAGUGUGGGAAAAGCUUCAGGGAGAGAGGACAUCUGAAGGAUCAUAUGAAUAUUCAUACCAAAAAGUAACUAAGAAUGAACCUAUGGAAGGGAAUUUUCUCCAUGCAUUGCCUAGUUCCACCUUCUUGAUUCCCUGAUGAUUGCUGCAUUUGUAGCAAGGGAAGAUUCUGCCAUAUGACUCUCCUCCAAUUUCUUCUUUUGUCCUAUGAUUGGUUGGUUUUUGAUGCAAGUUUUCAUGUUAUUGUAAUUCAGAAAGCUUCAAUGAGUUAGAUGAUGCCUCAGUCCUCAUUGGAAAAACUGAACAAGAAUAAUUGAUGGUGUCUUAGCCAAUGUAGUCCUCUUAGAAUAUUUUAAACAGAUAUCUGAAUGUGUUUGCUAAAUUGGCCUCCAUCGGGUUGGCAGAAUCCAUUUUUAAAGUAUGCUUUUGAGAAAUGUUGAUGUGCUCUCUGAGACUUGAGGAAACAUGUUAUUUUAUCUUUCUAUUAAUGUUUGCUAUAUGAAAUAUGGGUUCUCUUUAUGAUGUUUUGUGGUUUUGGGUAGUCACGUCACAUGUAAUUUUACUGUGGAACACGAGGGAAGUGGGUUCCUCUUUAGGGCUGGACACUGAGAAGGGGAUAUGAUCUUCAAACUCAACAGUGACCCAUUGUUUUUAAAGCUAAAUAAAUGGUUUUAAUUCUGAA